CAUCUAGACUCUAGAUAAAGAAUAUUCAGGUGACAGCUCCAACAACCAUCAUAAUAUCAAUUACAAGAAUUCAAUUGAGUUAACCAAUUGCAGCAUUUGGCAUUCAAUUCGCAGUCCAAUAUGAUUCAGACUCGUCUUGUUUCAAUUUCAACAUCGCGAGCUUUCAUCAACUCGCAGCGCUCUUCGAAAUUGAGCCUCAGUCUACGACGCUUCUCCACUUCUCCGUCUCAUCUCCAGCGCCUACCAGUCCAGAUCUCCGGCCAAGGAAGCGGCACCAUCCAAACCAUCUCUGUCAAAGACAAGCCGUACACAUUCUCAACCGACACCUACAAGGUCAUCGGCGGCCAGGACUCGCACCCCUCGCCCGUUGCCUACGCACUCGCCAGUCUCAGCUCGUGCAACCAGGUCACGGGCGCACUCGUGGCCAAGGAUCACGGGCUCACGCUGGGCAAAUGGCGCGUCUCAGUCGAGGGCCAGCUCCCCACUGCGGUGCUGGUUGGCGGUGAGCAGGGCAAUCCGAACUGGGAGAGCGUGGACUUGGAGGUGUAUGUACAGACCAGUGCAAACGAUGCUGCGUUUGAACAUUUUGUUGCAGAGGUUGAACGGAGAUGCCCUAUCACGCAGCUUUUUAAACGCAGUGGUGUGGCGUAUAAGAGCAAGUGGAUUAAGGAGCCGCUCUGAGAGCCAACUUGCGCUGUUUGUAUCCUGAAACCUUCUUCACGAAGAGCGAGGGAAGAAGUUCAGGGAGGAAGCAGAGUAUAAGUUAGAUAGAAGCCAUACACUGAGGGGCACAGCAGGCCAUGGGGCCGUGAGAUACGCAUAGAGACAACAGACCCCUCAGGGUAUAUCCCAAUGAUAUAGGAUUAAU